GGUCCACCACACUGGUGUCACUCUGUAUGAUCUGAAAACAGAUUCAUUCUCAUUAACUCCACCAACAUGGCUGACGUGAUAAAGGGUCUCAACCUGCUGGAAACACUGAAAGAGUCCAUCGAGAAGAACAACAUCUCCGAUAUUCGAGAUGCACUGGAGGACAUGCUAAUCAGCAGAAUCAACAUCGCCAUCGCUGGGGAAAGAAAUGCAGAAAAAGCCACUUUCAUCAACUCUCUCCGAGGCCUGAGCCAAGAAGAUGAAGGUGCAGCCCAAAAUCCACCAUCUGCCGCCCCAGAAGAACUAGCCGUAUUCACCAAUCCCAAACACCCAGAUUUCCGCCUCUGGGAUCUUCCACCAAUCUCUAGCGAUGCUAAUUUCAAACCAGAGGAUUACAUUGAGCGUUUUAAAGCUACACGCUACAAUGCUAUCAUUCUCACAUCCACCGACAGACCUAGCGCCAACAGCGUUGCGGUAUGGAAGGAAGUUAGAUCACUUCAGAAAGAGACUGUUUACUUUGUAUUAUUAGCAUCUGUGAAAGACACCGAGAAAUCACUGGAGGCGAAAAAGGCGGCAAGUUUAGAUGUCCUUAAAGCAGAAGGUGUUCCUCUGCCAAAGGUGUUUCUAGUGCAACCGUCCGCCCUAGAGAAGCUGGACUUUCUCACAUUUUUAGAGGUCAUGAGAGGAGAUCUUCCGGAGAUUCGAGCCCAUGCUCUUCUUCUGGCGCUUCCUACGUUUUCAAGCUCAUUGGUCACUCAGAAGAAAGACGCCUUUAAGGCAUUGGUGUGGGCCGCUGCUUCAUUAUCUGGUGGUGUUUCUGCUAUUCCAGUACCACUGGUGUCCUCAAUGGUGGAUGCUACAGUGGGCGUCCGGAUUUUGGUUAAAGCUCAAAUCUCGCUUUGUUUAGAUGACGAAUCUUUACAGCGACUGGCAAGACAGCGGGGUCUAGAUCCAGCCAAGCUGAAGGCCCUGCGCACAUGCGCUCUUUCUGUUGAGGUCAGCAAGAGCGAGGUUAAAAGACGGCUGGCGGAGGCUGAGAAAGACACCAGCACUGCGACCACCAGACUCGUGGAGCUGGCCAUCCCGAGACAAGCCAGAUCCGUCAGCCGAUCCUUCACGGUGAUGCUCCAAGCGCUCAAUAAUGCAAUCGAUGAUAUGGGUGCUGAUGCUGAGAAGGUGGUUGCUAUGGUGACUGGAGAGCGACAGUAGAUUGAGAAUGCACAAAAUGCUGCUU